AAGAAGAAGAACCUGACGUCACGAUUUGACAAUGGCGCGGGAAAACCGUGAAGAAACUGAAAUGGAUACCAGCACAGAUAAAGAGUCGGACAGCCCCUAUCCGUCGACUUUAAAACUGUACGAGACGCAGUUUUUCGGCUUCACUCCGCAGACAUGUAUGUUACGAGUAUACAGCGCCUUCCAGGAUUGUCUGUACGACAUUUUACCUGUUGUGGAAAAGGUGUGUGUGAGGCAGCUCAGCAGAGACAAGCCGGACGGGUCCGAGGAACUGCUUCGGUCCCGGGCCAGAGAGUGCAGCCGGAAACUGCAGCAGUUUCUCGAUGAAAGGUUCAAGCAGCUGUCGAAGAGGAUGGAAACACUGCUGCUCGACCGAUGCUUCUCCGUGCCGCCAAAUGUCCUGCUGUCCGAGGACCAGUCCCACAAGAACUACCCCCAACACAUACAGGAGGUGCUGAGGCUGGAGUCAAACCUUGCUGACCUCCACAGCGCCUACGAAGCAGAGGUCUGUGCCAGACAGGCCCUGCUGGCAGAGCUGGAGGAGCAGAAGGAGGUGCAGAAGCAGCUGGACGGGGUCUUGAUGUGGGUCAGAGAGCUCCAGGCGGCCUGGGUGAAGGAAGGUAACGGCAGCUUCCAUGAAAGCUUCCAGAUGGUGAUGGAGUCCGUUAAAAGACUGCAGGAGGCCGUCAGGGAGGUCUGUCACAAGGCACCUCACUGAUUUGAGAUUAGAUUAGCAAACAAAUAAAUAUUACUGAAAAAGUCUUAUAUUGUAUCCUGUUUUUAGACUAUCUGAAAAAGACUAGAGAAUUCAGAAGGCAUUGGUCACUGCAAAUGAGGCUCAAAUCAUCUGCCCACUGAAAUUUAGAACAGUCCAGUUUGUUUAUUUGUAUUAUUUUGGAGAUAAUAAAACCCCAAUGAAUUAA